AUGGCAGAGUAAAUCUAGACUGGCGCUAUCAAAUCUAACUACAAAAGACUUGAGCUAUUGCAGAAUCCAGAUGAGUUUCAGCCACCUUAUAAAUUGGCUUAUUAGCUUCCAGAUAUUCCAAUUAAGCCCAAACUCUUCAAGAUUAAGAUUGACAACAAAAAAGCGUAUCAGUAUGAAUUGAGCUCAGUCGAGAUGAAUUAGGAGCACAUCAUUAAUGUGGACUAUAACAUGGGCAUGAAUAUUGACUUCAUAGAUAGAGAUAUAUUCUUACCCUUCCCCAAGGUGCAUAGACAUGGCAAGCCUCUUAUUCACAAUGGAAACAAUCACUCAUCCGAGACAAUCGCCUAGACUGAGAAAGAGUAAAAGGAGCUGGAGUUGAUGAGGUAGACUUACUUCGAUGAGAAGGAUAGGUUCAUAUUGAGUGACCGCAACACUUUUGAAAUUGAUGAGAGACCUUAAGAAAAAUAGGAGAGAGUGAUAAAGCUGCCAUCUAGAUAUCAACUUAUUGAUAAGGUCAAUAAGUGGGGAGUAGACAUCAGAAACCCUAUUGCAGUAAGAAGUCUAGAUGAAGAUGAACCUGAAAAUGACUCUGUUUUUACCAUCAAGGGAGACAAACACAAAAGAGAGCUAGCAGUUUAGCAGAUAUAGAGGAGAUUCGAAGCUGUCAAGCACAUUUAGGUAGGAUGCCAGAAAGGACCUGAGCACCCAGGUGUGGUCGCAACUAAGGUAGUUGACUUCGUUCCGUUUCUCUAGUAAAUGCCGAAUAAGGUUCAACUAGUGAUCUGUGAUGAUAACAUUGAGUUAGAACUGAACAAAAAAGCAGAGAAUAAUGACUUCAUCCUUAGACACUAUGUUGACGAUGAAGAUGAAAACUACAAGAAAUACGCUCUUUACAAGUUUAAUGAUGAGGUGAGCUUGACUCAGUAGAUUAAAGAAUCAAUACUGGGAAAGAGACUUAAGAAUUCUAAUGGCAGUCUCCAAGAAUUGGAGAAAGCUAUACAGUUGAAGCACGUCAGAGACUACAUCUACACUGUCUAGAAUACUGAGUCAUAGAUGAACGACUUUCUAGUUAUGAUGCCUCAGGCAGAUAACAACAAAUUGAAUACAGUAAAGUACAUACCGAUAAGUAGUAAGAUCGGUCUAUAAAAGAAAAAGAGGCAAAUUAGUAAGAGCAUGCGUGAAAUGAUAUUGGAGGGAGACAUGGUGGCAUCUUAGUAAGCCAGAAAAGGCAAAAACUCGGAGUAUAUAGUGAUUGCAGGCCGCGGCUAUACCCAGCAAGAGAUUUAAGCCAUCAAUAAAACCUAUGAUUCGAUUAGAUGUGAGAACCAGAUCGAUAUUAAUGAAUCUGCAGUGUUUAAGGAUAAAGAUAUUUUGAAAGACUCUGAAAAGCAUGAAGCUACCCAUCUCAAGGGUUUAUUCCACAACUUAAACGAAGAUCAAGAGGAUGAUGCUGGUGAGGAUGAAGACGGCAGCCAAGGCAACAACAAUCAUAAUAAUCAUCAUCGCUAAUAGGAGCAAGAUGCGAAUGACGAAGAGUAAUAGGAUGGUGGUAUUGGCGAUGAAGAUCUCGACGAACUGUUUUGA